UUCCUUUUGAUUUUUUUAUUGCUUUCUGUUUUCAUCGAAAAGAAGAAUAAUUGCAUGGAUUUGAAUAUUUGAUGAAUAUGAUAGUUUUUUUUUAACAUAAGUUUGAUUUUGAUACUUAAAACCAUGUUCUCUUGAGCUGUCAUGGCGAAUGGCGAUGUUGAAGAGCCUCUACUCCGAGGCAAUGCAAAUUCAUCGAUUCGAUUUAGUGAUGUGAACUCAUUUAAGCGAAGACGGUCUCAAUCUAGCAGCACUUGUUGUACUAUUAGCCAUACACAGAUAAAUAAUGAGGAAUCCCAUCAUUACCCUGAGUUCAUUUCAACAAAGAGUUUUAGACUCAGAGAUGUACUCUUGUUCUUGUCUGUUUAUAUAGGAGUCGGAGCGAUUUGCUUCUUCAUCAUAAGCGAUCAAAUCGAGGGAAAAAAGACUAAUGGGAUUCUUGAUGCUAUAUACUUGUGUAUUGUUACAAUGACUACUGUUGGAUAUGGUGAUCUUGUUCCUAAAAGCAUCUUAGCUAAGUUUCUCGCGUGUGUUUAUGUGUUCACCGGUAUGGCUCUUGUUGGAUUUGUUCUGAGUAAAGCAGCAGAUAGUUUUCUUGAGAGGCAACAAAUCAUGUUUCUCAAAGCCAUAAAGAUGAGGAAAGAUAGUAUUGUUAGUUCAACAGAGGUUUUGAAAGAGGUAGAAACGAACAUCGAAAAGUACAAACUGUUAAGUACUUUGGCACUUCUUGUUGUACUUACUAUGCUUGGAACAAUUUUUCUAUGCCAAGUUGAGGAUUUGAAUUUGUUUGAUGCUUUUUAUUGUGUUUGUGCUACUAUUACUACACUGGGGUAUGGAGAUAAGAGUUUCUCGACGAAAUGGGGGCGUUUAUUUGCUUCUUUUUGGAUAUUGAUGAGCACAAUUUGUUUGGGACAGUUAUUUUACUCCCUUGCUGAGUUAUAUACAGAACAAAGGCGAAAAUCUAUGUUCAAAUGGGCUCUAACUCGCGAGUUGACAAAUUCAGACCUCCAGGCUGCAGAUCUUGAUCAUGACAGUGAAGUGAGCGCUGCAGAAUUCAUCGUCUAUAAACUUAAAGAGUUGGGGAAGAUAACUGAGGAAGACAUCUCUAUAGUCAUGGAGAGUUUCAAAUUGCUUGAUGUUGAUCAUUCAGGCACAUUGACUGAAAAUGAUAUUGCACUUUUGCAGUCGUCGUCUCGAUCCAAAAGCUGAUAACACCCCUCUAAACAUCUUAUGCAUAGAUGAUAGAACUAUGGAAAUUGCAUAGAAAUUUUUGUUAACUUUCAAACCUAUGCACUUAAUGUUUGGAAAAAGGGAUCAUAGAUACAUUCAAGAUUCAAACAGAUUGAAAUAUGGUUACUGAGAAUUCAUAUAGUCGACACAAACUUGUUUAAAAUU